AUCACAACAGAUGGCGUAAUUGGCGCUUUACGGUUUGUUUGACAAACGAGUGACAAAUGUGUGAUAAAACUUUAAUUAAUUAAUUCACCCUGUAUAAUUUAAUCUAAAGCCAGGUUUAAGAUUUUUUAGUUGAACAUUAUUCAAUAAGACACUUAAAAAUACCAAAAAAAUGGAUCUGCAUGAACCUAUAGACAUGCGUAACAAGACAGAGGCCGAUUUAACCCCGGAGGAAAAAUGGAGGCUACAGCACCAGAAAUUACAUGAACAGCACAAGGGACACGAUAAGAUGCAUUUUGAAAUGAUCCUUAUUUUAAUUGGAACUCUAGUCAUUGCCCAAUUUGUACUUUUAGAAUGGAAAAGAAGGCAUUAUAAAUCAUAUUCGUUAACGACAUUAUUAGCUAUGUGGCUUAUACCAAUCGGAUUUUGUUUGAAACAUCAGUGGUGGAGAUUUAUUUUUAUCUGGUUAUUAUUUUCGUGUAUAACUGGUUUAAUAGUUAGAAAAGCAAUUCAAAGGCCUAUACAGGGUACAACACCAAGAUUAGUGUACAAAUGGUUUUUAUUUAUUUAUAAAUUAAGCUAUGUUUUGGGUAUUAUUGGUUACAUUAUUAUGAUGGCGACGUUUUUCGGUUUAAACAUAGUUUUUAAAGUGAAACCAAAUGUUUGGAUGGAUUGUGGUUUACUAUUUAUCUUUUAUGGGUUGUAUUAUGGUGUCUUAGGAAGGGAUAUUUCUGAAAUAUGUGCUGAUAAAAUGGCUUCACAAAUUGGUUAUUAUACAUCUCAGGGAAUGCCUACAAGAAACUUAGAACCAAACGUUUGUGCUGUUUGUGGUAAUAAAUUACUAGUACAGGCAGAUGAGGAAGGUUUAAUAGAAAAUACUUAUCAAUUAUCUUGUCAACAUGUUUUCCAUGAAUUUUGUAUAAGAGGUUGGUGUAUAGUUGGAAAAAAACAAACUUGUCCUUAUUGUAAAGAAAAAGUCGAUUUAAAGAAAAUGUUUUGUAAUCCAUGGGAGAAACCCCAUGUACUUUACGGACAGCUAUUAGAUUGGAUAAGAUGGCUAGUAGCAUGGCAGCCAGUAAUUUUGUUUGUUGUUCAAGGAAUUAAUUGGACUUUAGGACUUGAAUAAUAAAAACUAAAUUUAAAUAA